CGAUUUCUAACUCAAAAUUCUGCUUUAAAAAGCGAGACCACAACCCAUCGAUUUUAUUUAUCAUAACUUUCUGUGUUAUUUUACAAAUCAAACAUGCCUCACAACCUAUUGAACAAGCUUGCACCCAAGAACUUCAUUUUGAAAAACCAAAAGGCAGAAAACGUGAAUUUGGCCGAAAUCAUUGGAGUCAAACCCACUGUUCUCUUCUUUUAUCCCAAAGAUAACACUGCUGGAUGUACCAAAGAGGUUUGCCAAUUUCGUGAUCAGUUUGACGUGUUGACCAAGCACGGCGCUACGGUUCUCGGCGUAAGCAGCGAUUCCGUGGAGAGCCAUCAAGAAUUCGCAUCAAAGCAGAAAUUGCAGUUCGACAUCUUGUCCGAUGAGAAGCAGGAUCUACGCACUGCAUACGAAGUCCCCAAGUCGAUGCUUGGAUUAUUACCUGGUCGCGUUACCUUUAUCAUCGGAAAGGAUGGUCUCAUCAAGGAAGUAUUCAACUCUCAAUUGGAUACCAAUGGUCAUGUUAAGGCAUCCAUUAAGGCUCUUGAGGCAGAAAACAAGGAAUAGUUUAAGAAACCUUUGUUUUAUUUUUUAAUUUUUUUUAUACACACAUUAUGUCCCAAGUACGAUGAUAAACACUGCAUUAUUAUAAUAAAUGAAAUCAAAAGAUAU